AUGUCCGAUCAGAAGAAUAGCGAAUUACGAGCUAAUUCGCUGCGCCUUGUGGCCUUCUUUGGAGUCGCAAUCUCCACCGUCGCCACGUUGGUGUGCGUCUUGUCGGUGCCAAUGCUCUACAACUACAUGCAGCACAUGCAAUCCGUUAUGCAAUCCGAGGUCGACUUCUGCCGAUCCCGUUCAGGAAAUAUUUGGAGAGAGAUGACUCGAACUCAAAUUCUUUCCGAUUACUCUGACACUGCCGGUCGAACGCGUCGUAGUGCUUACAGGCUCGGCGUUGACAAAUCUCAAGCAUUUUCCGGUGGGUGUUGCGGAUGUGGAGUCUCUCCCGAAGGUCCUCCUGGUGCGCCAGGACCAGACGGAGAGGAUGGAGCAGAUGGACAGCCAGGAGCCCCAGGAAACAACGGCCCCGAAUACAUUUCUUCAUCUCAGCAGCAACAACAACCAACGUGGUGCUUUGACUGCAUUCCAGGACCAGAGGGCCCACCAGGACCUGAAGGACCAAAAGGUCCCGCGGGCAAUCCUGGACAAGAUGGUUUUCCAGGAGAGCCUGGAAUUGAUGGUAUCCCAGGAGUCCCAGGAUUCCCAGGUAAUCCAGGACUUGAUGGGCCGCCAGGAAAUCCGGGAGCCCCAGGUGAACCUGGACAACUUAUCGAAGUUCCUGCACCAGCUGGAGAACAAGGACCACCAGGACCAGAUGGGCCACCAGGUGAGCCAGGACUCCCUGGUCCUCCAGGAAUUCAAGGAAUCGAUGGGCCUGACGGACAGCCCGGUGAUGAUGGAUCCGAUGGACCACCAGGAAAUCCAGGAGAGCCUGGAGCGCCAGGAAUUGAUGGUGAAAUUGGAGUUGCUGGAAGUUGCGAUCAUUGCCCACUUCCGAGAACAGCACCUGGUUACUAA